AUCGAUUUUGAUAAUUAGCUAAUAUUGCAAGAUAUUUUUCCUUCUGUAAAAGAGCUUCAACAUGAAAACAUUUAUCCUACUUUUGUGUGCUGCACUUAUUUUACUGACCCAUGGAGCACCUCAAGGUAAAUCUCAAAGCCAAGGUAAAGGUCAAGGCAGUGGUCAAGCUGGAGCUGGUGCUGGAGGUGGAGCACAAGCUCAAGCGGGAAUGGGAUUUGGAGUGGGUGGAGGCAUUGGAAUGGGUGCCGGAGGUAGUGGUGGAUCUGGAAUGGGAGCUGGUGGUGGAAAAUAACAAUGUUUCACCAUGGACCUGGAAGAACUUGUUUUAAGCUUAAAACUCGAAAUUAUAUCUAUUUAGAGCUUUAUGUCUCAUUUAUUCUGAACCUACAAAAAUGAUAAUAAAAUAUUUUUGCGUUUAAAAA